CGCACGCCAGACCAUUAAGGUGAUGCAAUCUUGUAUUAAACGGGCUAUUGUAACACGCAGUUGUUAUUGUAGAAAACAGGCGGCAAUCCUCAACGUUUACACACUAGGCAAUUGUGCACAACUUGACAAGUCUUCUACCCACAUUUUUAUACUACCCAACUUUUAACAAAGGGCGGGCCAUUGGGAAGCUGGAGCACAGCAGGUCUUGUUGGAUCAUUAGCUAGGAAAUGAGAUUCUUCUCCUGGCAGCGAUAGUGAAAUAGCGCGGCCGCCAGGCGCUUUACCCUGGCGGCCGAUAGUUACUUGCACGGGACAGCUUAACAGCGCUGCUGGCUUUGCUCGCGGCGUACGGGGAAUUGAGCGGCAGCAGCAUCUUGGCAGCAGCAACCGUGUAACACACCAGCCAUGGCUAUCUCAGCCAUCUUCUUUCUUGAUAUCAAGGGGCGGAUCAUCAUCUUUCGCGAUUACCGCGGGGAUGUGUCGCCCAAGUAUGCGGAGAAGUUCAUGUCCAAAAUCAACGAAAUGGAGGAGGCCGGCAAGCUUAGCCCCGUCAUCUACGACGACGGCGUCACCUACCUCUAUCUCCAGGUAGCCAACCUCUACCUGCUCGCCGUCACACGCACCAACGUGAACGCCUGCUCGGCGCUGGUGUUCCUGCAUCGCCUGGUGGAUGUGUUCAAGCACUACUUCCAGGAGCUGGAGGAGGAGUCCUUGCGUGACAACUUUGUCAUCGUCUACGAGCUGCUGGAUGAGGUGAUGGACUUUGGCUACCCGCAGUUCACGGAAGCCAAAAUCCUGGCGGAGUACAUCAAGACGGAUGCCUACAAAAUGGAGACCGCGGUUAAGCCGCCCAUGGCGGUAACCAACGCCGUAUCCUGGCGUAUGGAGGGUAUCCGUCACAAGAAGAACGAGGUGUUCCUGGACGUGGUAGAGAGCGUCAACCUGCUGGUCAGCAGCACGGGCCAAGUGGUGUUGUCGGAGGUGGUGGGCGUGCUCAAAAUGCGCGCCUACCUGUCCGGCAUGCCCGAGUGCAAGCUGGGCCUCAACGACAAGGUCCUCUUCGAGUCGCAAGGCCGCAGCAGCAAGCAGAAGGCGGUCGAGCUGGAGGACAUCAAGUUCCACCAGUGCGUGCGGUUAGCUCGCUUCGAAAACGACCGCACCAUCAGCUUCAUCCCGCCGGACGGCGCCUUCGACCUGAUGACCUACCGCAUCAGCCAGAACAUCAAGCCCCUCAUCAUGGUGGACUGCCUGGUGGAGAAGCCCUCACGCAGCCGCACGGAGUACCUGGUGAAGGCGCGCUCGCAGUUCAAGGAGCGCAGCCAGGCCAACACGGUGGAGAUCAUGCUGCCGCUGCCGGCCGACGCCAUCUCGCCCGUGAUGAAGUGCAGCCAGGGCACCGCGGCGUACGUGCCUGAGAAGUCGGCGCUGGUGUGGACCAUCAAGAGCUUCCCGGGCGGCAAGGAGUACACGCUGCGGUGCCACUUUGGGCUGCCUUCAGUGGAGGCGGAGGAUGAGGGCAAGGGCAAGAUGCCGCCCAUCAAGGUGAAGUUCGAGAUCCCGUUCUUCACGGUGUCGGGCGUGCAGGUGCGCUACCUCAAGGUGAUUGAGAAGAGCGGCUACCAGGCGCUGCCGUGGGUGCGAUACAUCACCACGUCGGGCAACUAUGAGAUCCGCAUGGUUUAGGCAGAGGCUGGGAUGGUGCUGGUUAGGCGUGGUUUGGGUGGGGCGGGGGCUGUGGUUAUAGCGUGCAAUUAAGCUUGGCAGGGUUGGAAGAAGGAUAGGUUUGGGGAUAGAGCGGAGAGAUGGGUGUUCGCAGGGCAUGGACCAUGGCGGAUAUCAACGGGAGGAAGAUGGACUGCGCCCCAUGGGUCAUGGUUACUCAAAAUCCAAGUUGGACGUGGGGUUUGGAGGUGUUCACAUGGCUGUGCCCGAGGAUAGGGAGGGGUAUAGCGUCUAGAUAGGUGGUAUCGGCAGGCCUUUUUGUCAUAGGACUGGCAACCUAGCAAGGCGUGCUCCCUCGGUUAGGCAUGGCUUAUGAUGUGUUAGCAGUUAUGGGAGAGUGGAACCGUACCCGAGGGCUUCGAGUAGACUCUCUUGCAUACGAAGUGGUGGGCUUGGGGCUCAAGUAAGCAGGGUAACGAGCUGCGCUUACACGGCACGGUGGACUUAUUGGGGCCUGGUUGAGGGAUUUGGUCUGUCCCACCUACCCUAUUGUUGCUGGUGCUAAAGGGAAGCCAUGUCUUAUACCGAUGUUCAUUAUAGGCUUGGGUAGGCAUGGUUGAUAGCACUGGUACAUUUGGAACCGGUUUUGCUGCGCAACGGGAUUGCCGUCCAGGGACGGUAUCCUUUUUUCCUUAUGUAAGUCAAGCCCAGUGCUUGAAGGUGCUUGAAGAUGCUUUACCAUGGAGGUUUC